GAUGCAAGUGGGGGAGGAGUUCUGCGGCAGUAAGUCAGAGUUGCUGCAGGAAUCCAUCAAACGUCAGAGCGUAAACUACUUCAAGAACUACCACAGGACACGCCUGGAGGAGUUGCGGAUGUUUCUGGAGAAUGAGACGUGGGAACUGUGUCCUGUCAAGUCCAACUUCAACAUCGCUCAGCUCCAUGAGUUUAAGUUCAUGGGUCAGAGCCGGUCCCCCUCAGUGUCUCCCAGUAGACAGGUGUUGUCCAGUCAGGACCAGGUGUUGUCCAGCCAGGACCAGGAAGUCCUGUCUCUGUUUCAGCACUUCAGUCAGGAGGGGAACCCCUUUGAGAGGCACAUCGACAACAAGGAUGAGGAGACUGAGGACGUACUGGCCUCCAACGGGUAUGAGUCCGAUGAGCUGGAGAAGUGUGUGUACCAGGACUAUGACAGCGACAGUGACGUCCCUGAUGAACUCAAGCAGGACUACGUGGACGAGCAGACCGGAGACGUCCCUCUCAAGAGUGCGUCAAGGGAGACUCUGCGCAGCAGGAAGAAGUCCGACUACAGCCUUAACAAAGGCUCCAACGCUCCCAUCCUGACCAACACAACCCUCAACGUGAUCCGACUGGUCGGGAAGUACAUACAGAUGAUGAACAUUCUGAAACCAAUAGCCUUCGAUGUCAUCCACUGUGUUUCCCAGCUGUUUGAUUACUACCUGUAUGCUGUCUACACCUUCUUCGGCCGCAAUGAUAUGCCUGCCCCUAGCCUGUGUGUGCCCGGCGGCCAGGGGGGCAGGGAGGCUGGUCCGGCCAGGCCUGCUGCCCCUUUCUGCUGGGCCUGGGUUCUGUAG